GUCACCAACCCAUUAUAAACCCUUUCGCUACCCAUCAGCCGAAACCUAAAUUAAAAAAAAAAGCACUCUGUGAAAUUUUCAUUUCUCGGUUUACCCACCAAUCUCUGGAAAUCUUUUCACUCAAGUACCUCACUCUGAUCAAGCAACCAUGUGUGGAGGUGCGAUUAUCUCUGAAUUCAUCCCCCCGACGCGGUCGCGACGCCUGACUGCUGAUUAUUUGUGGCCCGAUCUGAAAAAAUCGGGGUCGAUAAAGGGUUCGGGUAAAAGGUACUCGAAGCCGGUGAUCGAUUUGGACGAUGACUUCGAGGCUGACUUUCAGGAGUUUAAGGAUGAGGAAUUCGAUGUCGAUGACUUCGAUGAUGUUGAUGAUGUUUUUUCUGAUGUUAAGCCUUUUGCUUUCUCUGCUACAAAGAAACCAUCUUCUGCUGUCUCUCAUGGUUCAAACUUUGUAAAAUCUGUGGAAUUCAAUGGUCAAGCUGAGAAAUCUGCAAAAAGAAAGAGGAAAAAUCAGUAUCGCGGAAUUCGACAGCGCCCUUGGGGGAAAUGGGCUGCUGAGAUCCGAGAUCCAAGGAAAGGGGUUAGGGUCUGGCUAGGAACUUUCAAUACUGCUGAAGAAGCUGCGAGAGCUUAUGAUAGUGAGGCACGGAGAAUUCGGGGUGAGAAAGCAAAGGUGAACUUCCCUGACGACACUUCAGGUACCUCUCCAAAGCGUGCAGUUAAGGCAAAUUCUCAGAAACCACUUUCAAGGUCAAAUUUGAGUCCCGUUCAACCAAAUCCCAACCAGAAUUUCAAUUACUUGAACAAACCAGAGCAGAACUACUAUGAUACCCUGGGAUUCGUAGAGGAGAAGCCAUCAAAGGAUCAGUUUGCAUAUGUGGACCCUAUUCCUGCUGCUGUAGAUGUUGGAUUGAAACCCUUUACCCAAUCUGACAAUGCUCCGUUGUUUUUUAAUUCAGACCAGGGAAGUAACGACAUUGACUGUUCUGACUUUGGCUGGGGAGUACAGGGUGCCAAUACUCCUGAAAUAUCAUCUGUUCUUGAAGCUUCUAUAAACGGUGAUGAGUUUCUGGAGGAUGCGAACCCUAAGAAGUUGAAACCAGGUUCUGACAAAGUUAUGCCUACUGGAGACAAUGCUGCAAAGAGUUUGUCUGAUGAGCUAUUGGCUUUGGACAAUGAGACGAAGGACUUUCAAAUGCCAUUUAUUGACGGGGACUGGGAUGCCUCACUUGAUGCCUUCCUCAAUGGAGUUGCAACUCAGGAUAGUGGAAACCAAAUGGAUCUUUGGAGCUUUGUCGACUUCCCUUCAAUGGCUGGGGGUGUUUUCUGAGCAAACUACCCUACUGACUAGUUUUUGUAAAUAAGGCAACAUGAAUUGGUCAAUCUGUUGUGUAGUCGGAGUUAAACAGCUAUACAUGCAUAAGCCUUGUCUGCAGUGUUUUCAGAGGCAUUUAGUAUGUUCCCUUUUUUCUUUUAGACAUUGGACUUCGAAUUUAAAUUUGAGUGAAGACUAUCAGUGAUCUCGAGUGAUUUAUGAUGAAAUAUUGAACGCAGAUGAAUGUUUAACCUUGCUAUUUGAUUCGCCCAUA